AGUCUAUCGUUUUCCACAUCUACAUAGUUCGAAUUUAAAUAGCAGAUUGUAACACUACAAAUUAAUGAAAUACCUUUACCUAUAAACAAAUAAAUAAACAAAACGCAAUCAAGAUUGCAGAUGAAUGAGGUAUUUUUUCCCCUUUAUUUCUUUAUAUAGAGGCGAUGUUCAGGCUCCUCGGAAUUUAAACAACCAGUGACAAACUCACAAGUUCAGUGAAGCCAGUUUCGGAUUUCGAUUCAAAAUGUGGAUCUAAUUGGAGUUAUAUUUAUCAUAACUGGGCAUGAUGAAAUUAAAGUGAUGUACAAAAUUUCGACAAGGAGACUUCACCUGGUGGCCACGUUGUUCCUGAUUUUUUCGCAGCCUAUAAACUCUUUGUCCACACCAUCCACAGAUGAUAGUACAACAGAAGGAGAGUUUCAACAGACUACCACCUCAUCUGGUGGUGUAAUACUACUAGACAAUGUUACUCUCACAUCAGGCGAUACAGCCUCCACCAAUAGUGUUCAAACUACAGUCACAUCGGACUCAUCCACAAUAAGUACAAUUAGCACUACAUCAUUCAGAAAUACAUCUAGUGAACAUUUUACUAAUAGUACAGAUUUACCAGUAACAAACAUGACUCUUCCAAGUGAUGUACCUUCCACAUCCUUUCAAACAACUGAUGAAACAGUUGCAAUAUCUACAACAGAUUCUACAAUAACAUCUACUACAAUGUCAGGACAACAAUCACAAAUUAGUGAUUCAACAAUAAAAAUAUCAACUAAUACUCAGGGAGAAUCAACGGCACUGGACCCAGAAAUAACAACUCCUCUUGCAACUGAAGUAAGUGAAACGUCAUCUCCCCUUGCAAGCACAGCACAUAUUAACUCUGAAUCUUCAACCGCUGAAAGCAUUACAGAGUCCACGACAUCUGAAGAGCUACCAACCUCCACCACAAAUGUGGAAAUUACAAGUUCAGUUUCUAGUACACCAAGCCAAGAAACAACAACAAGCUUGAAAGACACAACAACUUCUAUCGAAACCACAACAAUUGAAACGUCGUCAAUUCUUACUCCAUCUACGGAAUUGACAACAGAAGCUUCCAGUUCUACAGAGUCUGUCACAAGCUCCUCAGUGUCUGAAGGAAGUUUUACAACACCUUCAACCACACCAGUGGUCACAAGCAGUGAAACGAUAAGUGAGGAGAGUACAACUUCCACUGGCCUGUAUACCUCUUCAUCUUCCAGCACUGAGGUUUCGUCUUCUGACACUUCAUCAGAACAACCAACAACAUUGGAAGAAACAGAAAGCACAACUGAAUCUUCCACCCUCUCAAACACGAAUAACUCCUCCACAGUUUCAUCAUAUAUAACAACAAUACCGCUUGAAACGGAAACCAUCGAAAUUUCAACCCCCUCUACCAGCCAACUUAAAAUCAUCACCGAUUCAGUGACUUCUGAAAGUAUCACAGAGUUGACAACAUCUGAAGAACUGCAGGCCUUCACAACAAGUAUGGAAAUUACAAGUUCAGUUUCUACUACACCAGGCCAGGAAACAACUACAACCUUCAAGGACACAACAACUUCCAUAGAAACCACAACAGUUGAAACAUCCUCAAUUCUUACUCCAUCUACGGAAUUGACAACAGAAGCUUCCAGUUCUACAGAGUCUGUCACAAGCUCCUCAGUGUCUGAAGGAAGUUUUACAACACCUUUAACCACACCAGUGGUCACCACCAGUGAAACCAUAAGUGAGGAGAGUACAACUUCCACUGGCCUGUAUACCACUUCAUCUUCCAGCACCGAGGUUUCGUCUUCUGACACUUCAUCAGAACAACCAACAACCACUUUAGCAGUGGCAGAAAGUACAACUAAGUCCUCCACUCUGACAAACGAGAUAACCACCUCAACAAUAUCGCCAGACUUUACAACAACACCGCUUGAAACUGUAACAGGUGAAACAUCAUAUUCCUCUGGAAGCUCAACCCAAAGUACCACCGAAUUUUCAACGACCACUGAAAAUAUUACAGAGUUCACGACAUCUGAAGAACUACCAACCUCCACCACAAGUGUGGAAAUUACAAGUUCAGUUUCUGCUACACCAAGCCAAGAAACAACAACUACAAGCUUGAAGGACACAACGACUGCUCUAGAAACCAUAACAGAUGAAACGUCGUCAACUCUCUCUCCAACGACAGAAUUGACAACAGAAGCUUCCAGCUCUACAGAGUCUGUCACGAGCUCCUCAGUGUCUGAAGGAAGUUUUACAACACCUUCAACCACAACAGUGGUCACAAGCAGUGAAACGAUAAGUGAGGAGAGUACAACUUCCACUGGCCUGUAUACCACUUCAUCUUCCAGCACCGAGGUUUCAUCUUCUGACACUUCAUCAGAACAACCAACAACCACUUUAGGAGUAGCAGAAAGUACAACUCAGUCCUCCACUCUGACAUACGAAACUACCACCUCAACAGUUUUACCAGACUUUACAACAACGCCGCUUGAAACUUUAACAAGUGAUACGUCAUAUUCCUCUGGAAGCUCAACCCAAAGCACCACCGAAUUUUCAACAAACACUGAAAGUAUUACAGAGUCCACGACAUCUGAAGAACUACCAACCUCCACCACAAGUGUGGAAAUUACAAGUUCAGUUUCUACUACACCAAGCCAAGAAACAACAACUACAAGCUUGAAGGACACAACGACUGCUCUAGAAACCAUAACAGAUGAAACGUCGUCAACUCUCUCUCCAACGACAGAAUUGACAACAGAAGCUUCCAGUUCUACAGAGUCUGUCACGAGCUCCUCAGUGUCUGAAGGAAGUUUUACAACACCUUCAACCACAACAGUGGUCACAAGCAGUGAAACGAUAAGUGAGGAGAGUACAACUUCCACUGGCCUGUAUACCACUUCAUCUUCCAGCACCGAGGUUUCAUCUUCUGACACUUCAUCAGAACAACCAACAACCACUUUAGGAGUAGCAGAAAGUACAACUCAGUCCUCCACUCUGACAUACGAAACUACCACCUCAACAGUUUUACCAGACUUUACAACAACGCCGCUUGAAACUUUAACAAGUGAUACGUCAUAUUCCUCUGGAAGCUCAACCCAAAGCACCACCGAAUUUUCAACAAACACUGAAAGUAUUACAGAGUCCACAACAUCUGAAGAACUACCAACCUCCACCACAAGUGUGGAAAUUACAAGUUCAGUUUCUACUACACCAAGCCAAGAAACAACAACUACAAGCUUGAAGGACACAACGACUGCUCUAGAAACCAUAACAGAUGAGACGUCGUCAACUCUCUCUCCAACGACAGAAUUGACAACAGAAGCUUCCAGCUCUACAGAGUCUGUCACGAGCUCCUCGGUGUCUGAAGGAAGUUUUACAACACCCUCAACCACAACAGUGGUCACAAGCAGUGAAACGAUAAGUGAGGAGAGUACAACUUCCACUGGCCUGUAUACCACUUCAUCUUCCAGCACCGAGGUUUCAUCUUCUGACACUUCAUCAGAACAACCAACAACCACUUUAGGAGUAGCAGAAAGUACAACUCAGUCCUCCACUCUGACAUACGAAACUACCACCUCAACAGUUUUACCAGACUUUACAACAACGCCGCUUGAAACUUUAACAAGUGAUACGUCAUAUUCCUCUGGAAGCUCAACCCAAAGCACCACCGAAUUUUCAACAAACACUGAAAGUAUUACAGAGUCCACGACAUCUGAAGAACUACCAACCUCCACCACAAGUGUGGAAAUUACAAGUUCAGUUUCUACUACACCAAGCCAAGAAACAACAACUACAAGCUUGAAGGACACAACGACUGCUCUAGAAACCAUAACAGAUGAAACGUCGUCAACUCUCUCUCCAACGACAGAAUUGACAACAGAAGCUUCCAGUUCUACAGAGUCUGUCACGAGCUCCUCAGUGUCUGAAGGAAGUUUUACAACACCUUCAACCACAACAGUGGUCACAAGCAGUGAAACGAUAAGUGAGGAGAGUACAACUUCCACUGGCCUGUAUACCACUUCAUCUUCCAGCACCGAGGUUUCAUCUUCUGACACUUCAUCAGAACAACCAACAACCACUUUAGGAGUAGCAGAAAGUACAACUCAGUCCUCCACUCUGACAUACGAAACUACCACCUCAACAGUUUUACCAGACUUUACAACAACGCCGCUUGAAACUUUAACAAGUGAUACGUCAUAUUCCUCUGGAAGCUCAACCCAAAGCACCACCGAAUUUUCAACAAACACUGAAAGUAUUACAGAGUCCACGACAUCUGAAGAACUACCAACCUCCACCACAAGUGUGGAAAUUACAAGUUCAGUUUCUACUACACCAAGCCAAGAAACAACAACUACAAGCUUGAAGGACACAACGACUGCUCUAAAAACCAGAACAGAUGAGACGUCGUCAACUCUCUCUCCAACGACAGAAUUGACAACAGAAGCUUCCAGCUCUACAGAGUCUGUCACGAGCUCCUCGGUGUCUGAAGGAAGUUUUACAACACCCUCAACCACAACAGUGGUCACAAGCAGUGAAACGAUAAGUGAGGAGAGUACAACUUCCACUGGCCUGUAUACCACUUCAUCUUCCAGCACCGAGAUUUCAUCUUCUGACACUUCAUCAGAACAACCAACAACCACUUUAGGAGUAGCAGAAAGUACAACUCAGUCCUCCACUCUGACAUACGAAACUACCACCUCAACAGUUUUACCAGACUUUACAACAACGCCGCUUGAAACUUUAACAAGUGAUACGUCAUAUUCCUCUGGAAGCUCAACCCAAAGCACCACCGAAUUUUCAACAAACACUGAAAGUAUUACAGAGUCCACGACAUCUGAAGAACUACCAACCUCCACCACAAGUGUGGAAAUUACAAGUUCAGUUUCUACUACACCAAGCCAAGAAACAACAACUACAAGCUUGAAGGACACAACGACUGCUCUAGAAACCAUAACAGAUGAAACGUCGUCAACUCUCUCUCCAACGACAGAAUUGACAACAGAAGCUUCCAGUUCUACAGAGUCUGUCACGAGCUCCUCGGUGUCUGAAGGAAGUUUUACAACACCUUCAACCACAACAGUGGUCACAAGCAGUGAAACGAUAAGUGAGGAGAGUACAACUUCCACUGGCCUGUAUACCUCUUCAUCUUCCAGCACCGAGGUUUCAUCUUCUGACACUUCAUCAGAACAACCAACAACCACUUUAGGAGUAGCAGAAAGUACAACUCAGUCCUCCACUCUGACAUACGAAACUACCACCUCAACAGUUUUACCAGACUUUACAACAACGCCGCUUGAAACUUUAACAAGUGAUACGUCAUAUUCCUCUGGAAGCUCAACCCAAAGCACCACCGAAUUUUCAACAAACACUGAAAGUAUUACAGAGUCCACGACAUCUGAAGAACUACCAACCUCCACCACAAGUGUGGAAAUUACAAGUUCAGUUUCUACUACACCAAGCCAAGAAACAACAACUACAAGCUUGAAGGACACAACGACUGCUCUAGAAACCAUAACAGAUGAAACGUCGUCAACUCUCUCUCCAACGACAGAAUUGACAACAGAAGCUUCCAGCUCUACAGAGUCUGUCACGAGCUCCUCAGUGUCUGAAGGAAGUUUUACAACACCUUCAACCACAACAGUGGUCACAAGCAGUGAAACGAUAAGUGAGGAGAGUACAACUUCCACUGGCCUGUAUACCUCUUCAUCUUCCAGCACCGAGGUUUCAUCUUCUGACACUUCAUCAGAACAACCAACAACCACUUUAGCAGUAGCAGAAAGUACAACUCAGUCCUCCACUCUGACAUACGAAACUACCACCUCAACAGUUUUACCAGACUUUACAACAACGCCGCUUGAAACUUUAACAAGUGAUACGUCAUAUUCCUCUGGAAGCUCAACCCAAAGCACCACCGAAUUUUCAACAACCACUGAAAGUAUUACAGAGUCCACGACAUCUGAAGAACUACCAACCUCCACCACAAGUGUGGAAAUUACAAGUUCAGUUUCUACUACACCAAGCCAAGAAACAACAACUACAAGCUUGAAGGACACAACGACUGCUCUAGAAACCAUAACAGAUGAAACGUCGUCAACUCUCUCUCCAACGACAGAAUUGACAACAGAAGCUUCCAGUUCUACAGAGUCUGUCACGAGCUCCUCAGUGUCUGAAGGAAGUUUUACAACACCUUCAACCACAACAGUGGUCACAAGCAGUGAAACGAUAAGUGAGGAGAGUACAACUUCCACUGGCCUGUAUACCACUUCAUCUUCCAGCACCGAGGUUUCAUCUUCUGACACUUCAUCAGAACAACCAACAACCACUUUAGGAGUAGCAGAAAGUACAACUCAGUCCUCCACUCUGACAUACGAAACUACCACCUCAACAGUUUUACCAGACUUUACAACAACGCCGCUUGAAACUUUAACAAGUGAUACGUCAUAUUCCUCUGGAAGCUCAACCCAAAGCACCACCGAAUUUUCAACAAACACUGAAAGUAUUACAGAGUCCACGACAUCUGAAGAACUACCAACCUCCACCACAAGUGUGGAAAUUACAAGUUCAGUUUCUACUACACCAAGCCAAGAAACAACAACUACAAGCUUGAAGGACACAACGACUGCUCUAGAAACCAUAACAGAUGAAACGUCGUCAACUCUCUCUCCAACGACAGAAUUGACAACAGAAGCUUCCAGUUCUACAGAGUCUGUCACGAGCUCCUCAGUGUCUGAAGGAAGUUUUACAACACCUUCAACCACAACAGUGGUCACAAGCAGUGAAACGAUAAGUGAGGAGAGUACAACUUCCACUGGCCUGUAUACCACUUCAUCUUCCAGCACCGAGGUUUCAUCUUCUGACACUUCAUCAGAACAACCAACAACCACUUUAGGAGUAGCAGAAAGUACAACUCAGUCCUCCACUCUGACAUACGAAACUACCACCUCAACAGUUUUACCAGACUUUACAACAACGCCGCUUGAAACUUUAACAAGUGAUACGUCAUAUUCCUCUGGAAGCUCAACCCAAAGCACCACCGAAUUUUCAACAAACACUGAAAGUAUUACAGAGUCCACGACAUCUGAAGAACUACCAACCUCCACCACAAGUGUGGAAAUUACAAGUUCAGUUUCUACUACACCAAGCCAAGAAACAACAACUACAAGCUUGAAGGACACAACGACUGCUCUAAAAACCAGAACAGAUGAGACGUCGUCAACUCUCUCUCCAACGACAGAAUUGACAACAGAAGCUUCCAGCUCUACAGAGUCUGUCACGAGCUCCUCGGUGUCUGAAGGAAGUUUUACAACACCCUCAACCACAACAGUGGUCACAAGCAGUGAAACGAUAAGUGAGGAGAGUACAACUUCCACUGGCCUGUAUACCACUUCAUCUUCCAGCACCGAGAUUUCAUCUUCUGACACUUCAUCAGAACAACCAACAACCACUUUAGGAGUAGCAGAAAGUACAACUCAGUCCUCCACUCUGACAUACGAAACUACCACCUCAACAGUUUUACCAGACUUUACAACAACGCCGCUUGAAACUUUAACAAGUGAUACGUCAUAUUCCUCUGGAAGCUCAACCCAAAGCACCACCGAAUUUUCAACAAACACUGAAAGUAUUACAGAGUCCACGACAUCUGAAGAACUACCAACCUCCACCACAAGUGUGGAAAUUACAAGUUCAGUUUCUACUACACCAAGCCAAGAAACAACAACUACAAGCUUGAAGGACACAACGACUGCUCUAGAAACCAUAACAGAUGAAACGUCGUCAACUCUCUCUCCAACGACAGAAUUGACAACAGAAGCUUCCAGUUCUACAGAGUCUGUCACGAGCUCCUCGGUGUCUGAAGGAAGUUUUACAACACCUUCAACCACAACAGUGGUCACAAGCAGUGAAACGAUAAGUGAGGAGAGUACAACUUCCACUGGCCUGUAUACCUCUUCAUCUUCCAGCACCGAGGUUUCAUCUUCUGACACUUCAUCAGAACAACCAACAACCACUUUAGGAGUAGCAGAAAGUACAACUCAGUCCUCCACUCUGACAUACGAAACUACCACCUCAACAGUUUUACCAGACUUUACAACAACGCCGCUUGAAACUUUAACAAGUGAUACGUCAUAUUCCUCUGGAAGCUCAACCCAAAGCACCACCGAAUUUUCAACAAACACUGAAAGUAUUACAGAGUCCACGACAUCUGAAGAACUACCAACCUCCACCACAAGUGUGGAAAUUACAAGUUCAGUUUCUACUACACCAAGCCAAGAAACAACAACUACAAGCUUGAAGGACACAACGACUGCUCUAGAAACCAUAACAGAUGAAACUGAGGAGAGUACAACUUCCACUGGCCUGUAUACCUCUUCAUCUUCCAGCACCGAGGUUUCAUCUUCUGACACUUCAUCAGAACAACCAACAACCACUUUAGCAGUAGCAGAAAGUACAACUCAGUCCUCCACUCUGACAUACGAAACUACCACCUCAACAGUUUUACCAGACUUUACAACAACGCCGCUUGAAACUUUAACAAGUGAUACGUCAUAUUCCUCUGGAAGCUCAACCCAAAGCACCACCGAAUUUUCAACAACCACUGAAAGUAUUACAGAGUCCACGACAUCUGAAGAACUACCAACCUCCACCACAAGUGUGGAAAUUACAAGUUCAGUUUCUACUACACCAAGCCAAGAAACAACAACUACAAGCUUGAAGGACACAACGACUGCUCUAGAAACCAUAACAGAUGAAACGUCGUCAACUCUCUCUCCAACGACAGAAUUGACAACAGAAGCUUCCAGUUCUACAGAGUCUGUCACGAGCUCCUCAGUGUCUGAAGGAAGUUUUACAACACCUUCAACCACAACAGUGGUCACAAGCAGUGAAACGAUAAGUGAGGAGAGUACAACUUCCACUGGCCUGUAUACCUCUUCAUCUUCCAGCACCGAGGUUUCAUCUUCUGACACUUCAUCAGAACAACCAACAACCACUUUAGGAGUAGCAGAAAGUACAACUCAGUCCUCCACUCUGACAUACGAAACUACCACCUCAACAGUUUUACCAGACUUUACAACAACGCCGCUUGAAACUUUAACAAGUGAUACGUCAUAUUCCUCUGGAAGCUCAACCCAAAGCACCACCGAAUUUUCAACAAACACUGAAAGUAUUACAGAGUCCACGACAUCUGAAGAACUACCAACCUCCACCACAAGUGUGGAAAUUACAAGUUCAGUUUCUACUACACCAAGCCAAGAAACAACAACUACAAGCUUGAAAGACACAACGACUGCUCUAGAAACCAUAACAGAUGAAACGUCGUCAACUCUCUCUCCAACGACAGAAUUGACAACAGAAGCUUCCAGUUCUACAGAGUCUGUCACGAGCUCCUCAGUGUCUGAAGGAAGUUUUACAACACCUUCAACCACAACAGUGGUCACAAGCAGUGAAACGAUAAGUGAGGAGAGUACAACUUCCACUGGCCUGUAUACCACUUCAUCUUCCAGCACCGAGGUUUCAUCUUCUGACACUUCAUCAGAACAACCAACAACCACUUUAGGAGUAGCAGAAAGUACAACUCAGUCCUCCACUCUGACAUACGAAACUACCACCUCAACAGUUUUACCAGACUUUACAACAACGCCGCUUGAAACUUUAACAAGUGAUACGUCAUAUUCCUCUGGAAGCUCAACCCAAAGCACCACCGAAUUUUCAACAACCACUGAAAGUAUUACAGAGUCCACAACAUCUGAAGAACUACCAACCUCCACCACAAGUGUGGAAAUUACAAGUUCAGUUUCUACUACACCAAGCCAAGAAACAACAACUACAAGCUUGAAGGACACAACGACUGCUCUAGAAACCAUAACAGAUGAAACGUCGUCAACUCUCUCUCCAACGACAGAAUUGACAACAGAAGCUUCCAGUUCUACAGAGUCUGUCACGAGCUCCUCAGUGUCUGAAGGAAGUUUUACAACACCUUCAACCACAACAGUGGUCACAAGCAGUGAAACGAUAAGUGAGGAGAGUACAACUUCCACUGGCCUGUAUACCUCUUCAUCUUCCAGCACCGAGGUUUCAUCUUCUGACACUUCAUCAGAACAACCAACAACCACUUUAGCAGUAGCAGAAAGUACAACUCAGUCCUCCACUCUGACAUACGAAACUACCACCUCAACAGUUUUACCAGACUUUACAACAACGCCGCUUGAAACUUUAACAAGUGAUACGUCAUAUUCCUCUGGAAGCUCAACCCAAAGCACCACCGAAUUUUCAACAACCACUGAAAGUAUUACAGAGUCCACGACAUCUGAAGAACUACCAACCUCCACCACAAGUGUGGAAAUUACAAGUUCAGUUUCUACUACACCAAGCCAAGAAACAACAACUACAAGCUUGAAGGACACAACGACUGCUCUAGAAACCAUAACAGAUGAAACGUCGUCAACUCUCUCUCCAACGACAGAAUUGACAACAGAAGCUUCCAGUUCUACAGAGUCUGUCACGAGCUCCUCAGUGUCUGAAGGAAGUUUUACAACACCUUCAACCACAACAGUGGUCACAAGCAGUGAAACGAUAAGUGAGGAGAGUACAACUUCCACUGGCCUGUAUACCACUUCAUCUUCCAGCACCGAGGUUUCAUCUUCUGACACUUCAUCAGAACAACCAACAACCACUUUAGGAGUAGCAGAAAGUACAACUCAGUCCUCCACUCUGACAUACGAAACUACCACCUCAACAGUUUUACCAGACUUUACAACAACGCCGCUUGAAACUUUAACAAGUGAUACGUCAUAUUCCUCUGGAAGCUCAACCCAAAGCACCACCGAAUUUUCAACAACCACUGAAAGUAUUACAGAGUCCACAACAUCUGAAGAACUACCAACCUCCACCACAAGUGUGGAAAUUACAAGUUCAGUUUCUACUACACCAAGCCAAGAAACAACAACUACAAGCUUGAAGGACACAACGACUGCUCUAGAAACCAUAACAGAUGAAACGUCGUCAACUCUCUCUCCAACGACAGAAUUGACAACAGAAGCUUCCAGUUCUACAGAGUCUGUCACGAGCUCCUCAGUGUCUGAAGGAAGUUUUACAACACCUUCAACCACAACAGUGGUCACAAGCAGUGAAACGAUAAGUGAGGAGAGUACAACUUCCACUGGCCUGUAUACCACUUCAUCUUCCAGCACCGAGGUUUCAUCUUCUGACACUUCAUCAGAACAACCAACAACCACUUUAGGAGUAGCAGAAAGUACAACUCAGUCCUCCACUCUGACAUACGAAACUACCACCUCAACAGUUUUACCAGACUUUACAACAACGCCGCUUGAAACUUUAACAAGUGAUACGUCAUAUUCCUCUGGAAGCUCAACCCAAAGCACCACCGAAUUUUCAACAACCACUGAAAGUAUUACAGAGUCCACGACAUCUGAAGAACUACCAACCUCCACCACAAGUGUGGAAAUUACAAGUUCAGUUUCUACUACACCAAGCCAAGAAACAACAACUACAAGCUUGAAGGACACAACGACUGCUCUAGAAACCAUAACAGAUGAAACGUCGUCAACUCUCUCUCCAACGACAGAAUUGACAACAGAAGCUUCCAGUUCUACAGAGUCUGUCACGAGCUCCUCAGUGUCUGAAGGAAGUUUUACAACACCUUCAACCACAACAGUGGUCACAAGCAGUGAAACGAUAAGUGAGGAGAGUACAACUUCCACUGGCCUGUAUACCUCUUCAUUUUCCAGCACCGAGGUUUCAUCUUCUGACACUUCAUCAGAACAACCAACAACCACUUUAGGAGUAGCAGAAAGUACAACUCAGUCCUCCACUCUGACAUACGAAACUACCACCUCAACAGUUUUACCAGACUUUACAACAACGCCGCUUGAAACUUUAACAAGUGAUACGUCAUAUUCCUCUGGAAGCUCAACCCAAAGCACCACCGAAUUUUCAACAAACACUGAAAGUAUUACAGAGUCCACGACAUCUGAAGAACUACCAACCUCCACCACAAGUGUGGAAAUUACAAGUUCAGUUUCUACUACACCAAGCCAAGAAACAACAACUACAAGCUUGAAGGACACAACGACUGCUCUAGAAACCAUAACAGAUGAAACGUCGUCAACUCUCUCUCCAACGACAGAAUUGACAACAGAAGCUUCCAGUUCUACAGAGUCUGUCACGAGCUCCUCAGUGUCUGAAGGAAGUUUUACAACACCUUCAACCACAACAGUGGUCACAAGCAGUGAAACGAUAAGUGAGGAGAGUACAACUUCCACUGGCCUGUAUACCUCUUCAUCUUCCAGCACCGAGGUUUCAUCUUCUGACACUUCAUCAGAACAACCAACAACCACUUUAGCAGUAGCAGAAAGUACAACUCAGUCCUCCACUCUGACAUACGAAACUACCACCUCAACAGUUUUACCAGACUUUACAACAACGCCGCUUGAAACUUUAACAAGUGAUACGUCAUAUUCCUCUGGAAGCUCAACCCAAAGCACCACCGAAUUUUCAACAACCACUGAAAGUAUUACAGAGUCCACGACAUCUGAAGAACUACCAACCUCCACCACAAGUGUGGAAAUUACAAGUUCAGUUUCUACUACACCAAGCCAAGAAACAACAACUACAAGCUUGAAGGACACAACGACUGCUCUAGAAACCAUAACAGAUGAAACGUCGUCAACUCUCUCUCCAACGACAGAAUUGACAACAGAAGCUUCCAGUUCUACAGAGUCUGUCACGAGCUCCUCAGUGUCUGAAGGAAGUUUUACAACACCUUCAACCACAACAGUGGUCACAAGCAGUGAAACGAUAAGUGAGGAGAGUACAACUUCCACUGGCCUGUAUACCACUUCAUCUUCCAGCACCGAGGUUUCAUCUUCUGACACUUCAUCAGAACAACCAACAACCACUUUAGGAGUAGCAGAAAGUACAACUCAGUCCUCCACUCUGACAUACGAAACUACCACCUCAACAGUUUUACCAGACUUUACAACAACGCCGCUUGAAACUUUAACAAGUGAUACGUCAUAUUCCUCUGGAAGCUCAACCCAAAGCACCACCGAAUUUUCAACAACCACUGAAAGUAUUACAGAGUCCACAACAUCUGAAGAACUACCAACCUCCACCACAAGUGUGGAAAUUACAAGUUCAGUUUCUACUACACCAAGCCAAGAAACAACAACUACAAGCUUGAAGGACACAACGACUGCUCUAGAAACCAUAACAGAUGAAACGUCGUCAACUCUCUCUCCAACGACAGAAUUGACAACAGAAGCUUCCAGUUCUACAGAGUCUGUCACGAGCUCCCCAGUGUCUGAAGGAAGUUUUACAACACCUUCAACCACAACAGUGGUCACAAGCAGUGAAACGAUAAGUGAGGAGAGUACAACUUCCACUGGCCUGUAUACCUCUUCAUCUUCCAGCACCGAGGUUUCAUCUUCUGACACUUCAUCAGAACAACCAACAACCACUUUAGCAGUAGCAGAAAGUACAACUCAGUCCUCCACUCUGACAUACGAAACUACCACCUCAACAGUUUUACCAGACUUUACAACAACGCCGCUUGAAACUUUAACAAGUGAUACGUCAUAUUCCUCUGGAAGCUCAACCCAAAGCACCACCGAAUUUUCAACAAACACUGAAAGUAUUACAGAGUCCACGACAUCUGAAGAACUACCAACCUCCACCACAAGUGUGGAAAUUACAAGUUCAGUUUCUACUACACCAAGCCAAGAAACAACAACUACAAGCUUGAAGGACACAACGACUGCUCUAGAAACCAUAACAGAUGAAACGUCGUCAACUCUCUCUCCAACGACAGAAUUGACAACAGAAGCUUCCAGUUCUACAGAGUCUGUCACGAGCUCCUCAGUGUCUGAAGGAAGUUUUACAACACCUUCAACCACAACAGUGGUCACAAGCAGUGAAACGAUAAGUGAGGAGAGUACAACUUCCACUGGCCUGUAUACCUCUUCAUUUUCCAGCACCGAGGUUUCAUCUUCUGACACUUCAUCAGAACAACCAACAACCACUUUAGGAGUAGCAGAAAGUACAACUCAGUCCUCCACUCUGACAUACGAAACUACCACCUCAACAGUUUUACCAGACUUUACAACAACGCCGCUUGAAACUUUAACAAGUGAUACGUCAUAUUCCUCUGGAAGCUCAACCCAAAGCACCACCGAAUUUUCAACAAACACUGAAAGUAUUACAGAGUCCACGACAUCUGAAGAACUACCAACCUCCACCACAAGUGUGGAAAUUACAAGUUCAGUUUCUACUACACCAAGCCAAGAAACAACAACUACAAGCUUGAAGGACACAACGACUGCUCUAGAAACCAUAACAGAUGAAACGUCGUCAACUCUCUCUCCAACGACAGAAUUGACAACAGAAGCUUCCAGUUCUACAGAGUCUGUCACGAGCUCCUCAGUGUCUGAAGGAAGUUUUACAACACCUUCAACCACAACAGUGGUCACAAGCAGUGAAACGAUAAGUGAGGAGAGUACAACUUCCACUGGCCUGUAUACCUCUUCAUCUUCCAGCACCGAGGUUUCAUCUUCUGACACUUCAUCAGAACAACCAACAACCACUUUAGCAGUAGCAGAAAGUACAACUCAGUCCUCCACUCUGACAUACGAAACUACCACCUCAACAGUUUUACCAGACUUUACAACAACGCCGCUUGAAACUUUAACAAGUGAUACGUCAUAUUCCUCUGGAAGCUCAACCCAAAGCACCACCGAAUUUUCAACAACCACUGAAAGUAUUACAGAGUCCACGACAUCUGAAGAACUACCAACCUCCACCACAAGUGUGGAAAUUACAAGUUCAGUUUCUACUACACCAAGCCAAGAAACAACAACUACAAGCUUGAAGGACACAACGACUGCUCUAGAAACCAUAACAGAUGAAACGUCGUCAACUCUCUCUCCAACGACAGAAUUGACAACAGAAGCUUCCAGUUCUACAGAGUCUGUCACGAGCUCCUCAGUGUCUGAAGGAAGUUUUACAACACCUUCAACCACAACAGUGGUCACAAGCAGUGAAACGAUAAGUGAGGAGAGUACAACUUCCACUGGCCUGUAUACCACUUCAUCUUCCAGCACCGAGGUUUCAUCUUCUGACACUUCAUCAGAACAACCAACAACCACUUUAGGAGUAGCAGAAAGUACAACUCAGUCCUCCACUCUGACAUACGAAACUACCACCUCAACAGUUUUACCAGACUUUACAACAACGCCGCUUGAAACUUUAACAAGUGAUACGUCAUAUUCCUCUGGAAGCUCAACCCAAAGCACCACCGAAUUUUCAACAACCACUGAAAGUAUUACAGAGUCCACAACAUCUGAAGAACUACCAACCUCCACCACAAGUGUGGAAAUUACAAGUUCAGUUUCUACUACACCAAGCCAAGAAACAACAACUACAAGCUUGAAGGACACAACGACUGCUCUAGAAACCAUAACAGAUGAAACGUCGUCAACUCUCUCUCCAACGACAGAAUUGACAACAGAAGCUUCCAGUUCUACAGAGUCUGUCACGAGCUCCCCAGUGUCUGAAGGAAGUUUUACAACACCUUCAACCACAACAGUGGUCACAAGCAGUGAAACGAUAAGUGAGGAGAGUACAACUUCCACUGGCCUGUAUACCUCUUCAUCUUCCAGCACCGAGGUUUCAUCUUCUGACACUUCAUCAGAACAACCAACAACCACUUUAGCAGUAGCAGAAAGUACAACUCAGUCCUCCACUCUGACAUACGAAACUACCACCUCAACAGUUUUACCAGACUUUACAACAACGCCGCUUGAAACUUUAACAAGUGAUACGUCAUAUUCCUCUGGAAGCUCAACCCAAAGCACCACCGAAUUUUCAACAAACACUGAAAGUAUUACAGAGUCCACGACAUCUGAAGAACUACCAACCUCCACCACAAGUGUGGAAAUUACAAGUUCAGUUUCUACUACACCAAGCCAAGAAACAACAACUACAAGCUUGAAGGACACAACGACUGCUCUAGAAACCAUAACAGAUGAAACGUCGUCAACUCUCUCUCCAACGACAGAAUUGACAACAGAAGCUUCCAGUUCUACAGAGUCUGUCACGAGCUCCUCAGUGUCUGAAGGAAGUUUUACAACACCUUCAACCACAACAGUGGUCACAAGCAGUGAAACGAUAAGUGAGGAGAGUACAACUUCCACUGGCCUGUAUACCACUUCAUCUUCCAGCACCGAGGUUUCAUCUUCUGACACUUCAUCAGAACAACCAACAACCACUUUAGGAGUAGCAGAAAGUACAACUCAGUCCUCCACUCUGACAUACGAAACUACCACCUCAACAGUUUUACCAGACUUUACAACAACGCCGCUUGAAACUUUAACAAGUGAUACGUCAUAUUCCUCUGGAAGCUCAACCCAAAGCACCACCGAAUUUUCAACAACCACUGAAAGUAUUACAGAGUCCACGACAUCUGAAGAACUACCAACCUCCACCACAAGUGUGGAAAUUACAAGUUCAGUUUCUACUACACCAAGCCAAGAAACAACAACUACAAGCUUGAAGGACACAACGACUGCUCUAGAAACCAUAACAGAUGAAACGUCGUCAACUCUCUCUCCAACGACAGAAUUGACAACAGAAGCUUCCAGUUCUACAGAGUCUGUCACGAGCUCCUCAGUGUCUGAAGGAAGUUUUACAACACCUUCAACCACAACAGUGGUCACAAGCAGUGAAACGAUAAGUGAGGAGAGUACAACUUCCACUGGCCUGUAUACCACUUCAUUUUCCAGCACCGAGGUUUCAUCUUCUGACACUUCAUCAGAACAACCAACAACCACUUUAGGAGUAGCAGAAAGUACAACUCAGUCCUCCACUCUGACAUACGAAACUACCACCUCAACAGUUUUACCAGACUUUACAACAACGCCGCUUGAAACUUUAACAAGUGAUACGUCAUAUUCCUCUGGAAGCUCAACCCAAAGCACCACCGAAUUUUCAACAACCACUGAAAGUAUUACAGAGUCCACAACAUCUGAAGAACUACCAACCUCCACCACAAGUGUGGAAAUUACAAGUUCAGUUUCUACUACACCAAGCCAAGAAACAACAACUACAAGCUUGAAGGACACAACGACUGCUCUAGAAACCAUAACAGAUGAAACGUCGUCAACUCUCUCUCCAACGACAGAAUUGACAACAGAAGCUUCCAGCUCUACAGAGUCUGUCACGAGCUCCUCAGUGUCUGAAGGAAGUUUUACAACACCUUCAACCACAACAGUGGCCACAAGCAGUGAAACGAUAAGUGAGGAGAGUACAACUUCCACUGGCCUGUAUACCUCUUCAUCUUCCAGCACCGAGGUUUCAUCUUCUGACACUUCAUCAGAACAACCAACAACCACUUUAGCAGUAGCAGAAAGUACAACUCAGUCCUCCACUCUGACAUACGAAACUACCACCUCAACAGUUUUACCAGACUUUACAACAACGCCGCUUGAAACUUUAACAAGUGAUACGUCAUAUUCCUCUGGAAGCUCAACCCAAAGCACCACCGAAUUUUCAACAACCACUGAAAGUAUUACAGAGUCCACGACAUCUGAAGAACUACCAACCUCCACCACAAGUGUGGAAAUUACAAGUUCAGUUUCUACUACACCAAGCCAAGAAACAACAACUACAAGCUUGAAGGACACAACGACUGCUCUAGAAACCAUAACAGAUGAAACGUCGUCAACUCUCUCUCCAACGACAGAAUUGACAACAGAAGCUUCCAGUUCUACAGAGUCUGUCACGAGCUCCUCAGUGUCUGAAGGAAGUUUUACAACACCUUCAACCACAACAGUGGUCACAAGCAGUGAAACGAUAAGUGAGGAGAGUACAACUUCCACUGGCCUGUAUACCUCUUCAUCUUCCAGCACCGAGGUUUCAUCUUCUGACACUUCAUCAGAACAACCAACAACCACUUUAGCAGUAGCAGAAAGUACAACUCAGUCCUCCACUCUGACAUACGAAACUACCACCUCAACAGUUUUACCAGACUUUACAACAACGCCGCUUGAAACUUUAACAAGUGAUACGUCAUAUUCCUCUGGAAGCUCAACCCAAAACACCACCGAAUUUUCAACAAACACUGAAAGUAUUACAGAGUCCACCACAUCUGAAGAACUACCAACCUCCACCACAAGUGUGGAAAUUACAAGUUCAGUUUCUACUACACCAAGCCAAGAAACAACAACUACAAGCUUGAAGGACACAACGACUGCUCUAGAAACCAUAACAGAUGAAACGUCGUCAACUCUCUCUCCAACGACAGAAUUGACAACAGAAGCUUCCAGCUCUACAGAGUCUGUAACGAGCUCCUCAGUGUCUGAAGGAAGUUUUACAACACCUUCAACCACAACAGUGGUCACAAGCAGUGAAACGAUAAGUGAGGAGAGUACAACUUCCACUGGCCUGUAUACCUCUUCAUCUUCCAGCACCGAGGUUUCAUCUUCUGACACUUCAUCAGAACAACCAACAACCACUUUAGCAGUAGCAGAAAGUACAACUCAGUCCUCCACUCUGACAUACGAAACUACCACCUCAACAGUUUUACCAGACUUUACAACAACGCCGCUUGAAACUUUAACAAGUGAUACGUCAUAUUCCUCUGGAAGCUCAACCCAAAGCACCACCGAAUUUUCAACAACCACUGAAAGUAUUACAGAGUCCACGACAUCUGAAGAACUACCAACCUCCACCACAAGUGUGGAAAUUACAAGUUCAGUUUCUACUACACCAAGCCAAGAAACAACAACUACAAGCUUGAAGGACACAACGACUGCUCUAGAAACCAUAACAGAUGAAACGUCAUCAACUCUCUCUCCAACGACAGAAUUGACAACAGAAGCUUCCAGUUCUACAGAGUCUGUCACGAGCUCCUCAGUGUCUGAAGGAAAUUUUACAACACCUUCAACCACAACAGUGGUCACAAGCAGUGAAACGAUAAGUGAGGAGAGUACAACUUCCACUGGCCUGUAUACCACUUCAUCUUCCAGCACCGAGGUUUCAUCUUCUGACACUUCAUCAGAACAACCAACAACCACUUUAGCAGUAGCAGAAAGUACAACUCAGUCCUCCACUCUGACAUACGAAACUACCACCUCAACAGUUUUACCAGACUUUACAACAACGCCGCUUGAAACUUUAACAAGUGAUACGUCAUAUUCCUAUGGAAGCUCAACCCAAAGCACCACCGAAUUUUCAACAACCACUGAAAGUAUUACAGAGUCCACGACAUCUGAAGAACUACCAACCUCCACCACAAGUGUGGAAAUUACAAGUUCAGUUUCUACUACACCAAGCCAAGAAACAACAACUACAAGCUUGAAGGACACAACGACUGCUCUAGAAACCAUAACAGAUGAAACGUCAUCAACUCUCUCUCCAACGACAGAAUUGACAACAGAAGCUUCCAGUUCUACAGAGUCUGUCACGAGCUCCUCAGUGUCUGAAGGAAGUUUUACAACACCUUCAACCACAACAGUGGUCACAAGCAGUGAAACGAUAAGUGAGGAGAGUACAACUUCCACUGGCCUGUAUACCACUUCAUCUUCCAGCACCGAGGUUUCAUCUUCUGACACUUCAUCAGAACAACCAACAACCACUUUAGGAGUAGCAGAAAGUACAACCCAGUCCUCCACUCUGACAUACGAAACCACCACCUCAACAGUUUUACCAGACUUUACAACAACGCCGCUUGAAACUUUAACAAGUGAUACGUCAUAUUCCUCCGGCAGCUCAACCCAAAGCACCACUGAAUUUUCAACAGCCACUGAAAGUAUUACAGAGUCCACAACAUCUGAAGAUCUACCAACCUCCACCACAAGUGUGGAAAUUACAAGUUCAGUUUCUACUACACCAAGCCAAGAAACAACAACUACAAGCUUGAAGGACACAACAACUUCUAUCGAAACCACAACAAUUGAAACGUCGUCAAUUCUUACUCCAUCUACGGAAUUGACAACAGAAGCUUCCAGCUCUACAGAGUCUGUCACGAGCUCCUCAGUGUCUGAAGGAAGUUUUACAACACCUUCAACCACAACAGUGGUCACAAGCAGUGAAACGAUAAGUGAGGAGAGUACAACUUCCACUGGCCUGUAUACCACUUCAUCUUCCAGCACUGAGGUUUCAUCUUCUGACACUUCAUCAGAACAACCAACAACCACUUUAGCAGUAGCAGAAAGUACAACUCAGUCCUCCACUCUGACAUACGAAACUACCACCUCAACAGUUUUACCAGACUUUACGACAACAACACCGCUUGAAACUAUAACAAGUGAUACGUCAUUUUCCUCCGCCAGCUCAACCCAAAGUACCACUGAAUUUUCAACAGCCACUGAAAGUAUUACAGAGUCCACGACAUCUGAAGAACUACCAACCUCCACCACAAGUGUGGAAAUUACAAGUUCAGUUUCUACUACACCAAGCCAAGAAACAACAACAACCUCCAAGGACACAACAGCUUCUAUAGAAACCACACCAAUUGAAACAUCCUCAAUUCUUACUUCACCUACGGAAUUGACAACAGAAGCUUCCAGUUCUACAGAGUCUGUCACAAGCUCCCCAGUGUCUGAAGGAAGUUUCACCACAAUAGUUGUUACAACUAAUGAAUUGACAAGUGAGGAAAGUACAACUUCCACUACCUUGUCUACCCCAUCAUAUUCCAAUAGUACUGUUGUAACGGAUACCAGUAAUCCGGUCUCCAUAAUUACACCUGACGCAACAACUUCUACAGCUACAACACAGACCAGUAGUCCGGUGUCUACAACAACAUCCGACGUAACAACUUCUACAGUUACAACACAGUCCAGUAAUCCGGUGUCUACAACAACACCCGACGUAACAACUUCUACAGUUACAACAGAGACCAGUAGUCCUGUAUCUACAACAACAACAGCCGAUGUAACAACUUCUACAGUUACAACAACAACAGCCGACGUAACAACUUCUAAAGCUACAACACAGGGACCGGACAUAACAACCUCUAUAGUUACAACAGAUACCAGUGGUCCAGUGUCUACAACAACAACAUACGACAUAACAACUUCUACAGCUACAACACAGACCAGUAGUCCGGUGUCUACAACAACUACACCCGAUGUAACAACUACUACAGUUACAACAACACAGGGACCGGACGUAACAACCUCUACAGCUACAACAGAGACCAGUAGUCCGGUGUCUACAACAACAGCCGAACUAACAACAUCUACAGUUACAACAACACAGGGACCGGACGUAACAACCUCUACAGCUAUAACACAGACCAGUAGUCCGGUGUCUACAACAACAGCCGACCUAACAACUUCUACAGCUACAACACAGACCAGUAAUCCGGUGUCUACAACAGCAACACACGACGUAACAACUACUACAGUUACAACAACACAGGGACCGGACGUAACAACCUCUACAGCUACAACAGAGACCAGUAGUCCGGUGUCUACAACAACAUCCAACGUAACAACUUCUUCAGUUACAACAACAGCCGACGUAACAAGUUCUACAGUUACAACAACACAGGGACCGGACGUAACAACCUCUAUAGUUACAACAGAUACCAGUGAUCCAGUGUCUACAACAACAACAUACGACAUAACAACAUCUACAGCUACAACACAGACCAGUAAUCCGGUGUCUACAACAGCAACACACGACGUAACAACUACUACAGUUACAACAACACAGGGACCGGACGUAACAACCUCUAUAGCUACAACAGAGACCAGUAGUCCGCUGUCUACAACAACAACACCCGAUGUAACAACUACUACAGUUACAUCAACAGCCGACGUAACAACUUCUACAGUUACAACAACACAGGGAUCGACAACAGUACCACGAACAUCAGAAGUAACAGCGUCUUAUAACACAACUCUAUCAACUACCACUCAACUACCGUCCACAACUACUGGAAGCUAUAUAGAUUCUCAAAUUACCACUUUAAAUGUUGAGAUGCGUUUGAACGAAACUUGGAAUGCUGAUCUAUUGAACAGCAGUUCAGUGGCUUUUCUGGACAAAUCCGUCCAAAUUCAUGCAGAGGUGGACAAUAUACUUGGUAGUGGAAACAACAUAUCAAUCUACUAUAAUUCCAGCAAAGUACUAUCAUAUAGUGAUGGAAGCAUUAAAGUUUCGCUCGAGAUCUAUUAUUCCGUAUCUCACAAAACAGUGACAGGAAGUGACGACAACCUACUUGCGCAAGUCAAAUCAUUUCUCCAAACCGCACCCACCUCCUUACCCAUCAUUGUGGGAUCCAUUGUGGUGUAUCUGAAAAAGACGGAUUCUUCACCAGCGUCAUCAUCCUCAACGGCUGUUAUCGUCAUUGGAGUCGUCACCGCUAUUGGCCUGUUGCUUAUGAUUCUCUGCUCGAUCUGCCUCAUCUUAGGCUAUAAAAGGUUUCGUAAGAAACGACGAGUGGCCCACAAAGAUCCUACAAUGGACGAGUCGGAGACCGGUAGCUACCAGAGUUCGGAUGAUAUCUCGAUUGAAGAUGACGACGAGGACUAUCAUAGCGGCGACUAUAAGUUUGAAAUUCCAUCUUUCGUUAUGGCAACCAGAUGUGUCCCGCCGAGUGAACACAUGUGGACACGUGAAGACACUCUUCCACACAUUAGAAAGAUGAGAAGCACGAACGAAAAGAAAACGCUACCAACCAAAGACAAUUUAGCCUACCUCAACGAAUUCUGUCAUGAAGCGGUUGUUCCGACAGAGCGACCACCAAGUUAUGAUGCGAUACCCCCUUCCAUUGAAAAAGAACCGCAUGAUAUUUCAAAUAAACAUUUGUUACAAAAACCGGACCACCAUCCUAUUCCAGUACCAUUCAAUGAAGUGCUAGAUAGACCUUCAACAUCUGCACAAGCAGACGAAUUAGAAAAGGCGUCAUCUGCAGGCGCCUUAUCUUCGAGAUCCAGUUAUAGUGAAAUACAUGGUGAUGGGGAUAUUUCCUCUCCUCAUGACGACUCCCGUGCUUCACAUAACGUCUCUCCGUCAAAGACUUUGUCCGCGAAAUCGGACAGAACAUCAGGAAGGGGCACUUCAGAGAGCACGAAUGACAAUUCUGGUGCUAGAUCAAGAAACGGUCAGAGAAAACGCGGGAAGACCAAACCUUAUGUUCCUCUUAGUAAAAGGCUACCAAAGCCGGUAAAACCUAAGAUAUAUAAAUCUAACCGUCCUUUGAAAGUAGAUCAAUCGAAGUUACAAGAGCGACUAAAAGAAAUCGCCAAACAAAAUGAAGACAAACUGUAUAACCCACAAGGAGAAGCGUGGAGGAAUCUAGUAACCAAGAUUUUCCCACAAGAAGAGUCCAGAAAAGAGUCGGACUGUUAACCAUCCGACGUCAAAUAUAGUCCUUAAUAAUAUCGGAUCAGUCAAAAAUACACGUUAUUGUAUUUGUUGCAGAUAUACUAUUUUUACAUUCUUUAUAUACUUGAACAGUUUAUUUCACUAUAGAUGUAAUUUAUACACAAAUUGUCAUUUUUAAUGCAUUAUACAUCAACGAUAAUAAAUCUUGAUAAAAAGAUGA